GCGGGGCAGAAGGAGCGCGAAGCCAGCGCGCAGUCCUUCGCCCGGCGCCCUGCGGCCUCGGUGACCCGGUGACAGCGGGCGACAGAGCCCGCGGUACUGGCAGCGAGCUAGCAGCAGACGGGGUCGGCGCGCCCGGUCCUGGUUCCCGCGAGCAGCUCACCGCGGCGCCCGGCGUGGGUCAAUAAACUACAAGCUCUGAUGGCUGCUGCAAGGUUUGGCCAAACUAAAAUCCCCAGAGGAAAUGGAUCUUAUUCCGUCGGUUGUACAGACUUGAUGUUUGAUUACACGAAUAAGGGCACCUUCUUGCGUUUGUAUUAUCCAUCCCAAGAUGAUGAUCACUGUGACACCCUUUGGAUACCAAACAAAGAAUAUUUUUUUGGUCUUAGUAAAUUUCUUGGAACACACUGGCUUAUGGGCAAAAUUUUGAGCUUAUUCUUUGGAUCAAUGACAACUCCUGCAGCCUGGAAUUCCCCUCUGAGGACUGGGGAAAAAUAUCCACUAAUUAUUUUUUCUCAUGGUCUUGGAGCAUUCAGGACAAUUUAUUCUGCUAUUGGUAUUGACCUGGCAUCUCACGGGUUUAUAGUUGCUGCCAUAGAACACAGAGAUGGCUCUGCAUCUGCGACUUACUAUUUCAAGGACCAGUCUGCUGCAGAAAUAGGAAACCAGACUUGGCUUUAUCUUAGAACCCCAAAACGAGGGGAGGAGGAGUUUCCUCUACGAAAUGAGCAGGUACUGCAACGAGCAAAGGAGUGUUCUCAAGCUCUCAAUUUAAUUCUGGACAUUGAUCGCGGGAGACCAGAGAAGAAUGUAUUAGAUUUAGAGUUUGACGUGGAACAGAUGAAGGACUCUAUCGAUAGGGAUAAAAUAGCAGUUAUUGGACAUUCUUUUGGUGGAGCCACAGUUAUUCAGAGUCUUAGUGAAGACCAGAGAUUCAGGUGCGGUAUCGCCCUGGAUGCAUGGAUGUUUCCAGUGGGUGAUGAAGUAUAUUCCAGAAUUCCUCAGCCCCUCUUUUUUAUCAACUCGGAACGAUUCCAAUAUCCUUCUAAUAUUAUAAAAAUGAAAAAAUGCUACUUACCUGAUAGAGAAAGAAAAAUGAUUACAAUCAGGGGUUCAGUCCAUCAGAAUUUUGUUGACUUCACUUUUGCAACUGGCAAAAUAAUUGGCUACAUAUUCACACUGAAAGGAGAAAUAGAUUCAAAUGUAGCCAUGAGUCUUAGCAACAAAGCUUCGUUAGCAUUCUUGCAAAAGCAUUUAGGACUUCAGAAAGAUUUUGAUCAGUGGGAUUCUUUAAUUGAAGGGGAAGAUGACAAUCUUAUUCCAGGAACCAACAUUGACACAACCAACCACCAUGCCACCCUGCAGAACUCUACAGGAAUAGAAAAGCCGAAUUCAGAUUAAAAGAGCUUUUAAAAAGUCUUGUUUAAAAACUGUCUAAAAGUGUGUGUGUGUGUAUGUAUGAUUUUAAUGUAUUUUCUCAAAUAACUCAUAUUUGAAAAUGUAGGCUAUACCACAAUAGUGAUCGAAGGCUGGAUUAAGAUUUUUUUUUCCUUUAAGGAAAGACUGCUACAUAUAAAAAUCAUACCAGCCUAAAUUUUAGUUUUACUAAAGUAAUCCUU